GUUUUAUUGUCAAUUGCCUAUUCUGCACACCGACUCGUCAAAUCUGGCAGGCUAUUAUGCGCUAAACAUCAUGGAUCUUUAUGUUGCUUGAUCCCUUACGGCGCCAGCCAAAAGGACCUCAUUGGCCUCCACUUACGCAAGGCAACGCUCGUGACAAAGAAAUAGCUCGAUCACUAACGAAGGAUGGAUGUUAUUCAUUCGCUUCCCUUCCGAUCCCAUCCCUUCCCUUUCUAAAAAGAACCUAGACGCCGCAUAUGAAUUGUCCGUACCCAGGGAACCUUAGGGUAUGUCAUGAGCCUCAUUUGAAACCCCCACCUCGUACCUCGCUCAUCCCUGAUACCCGUGUGUGACCUUCCUCCCCUCCUACUGACCUGGACUCCCCUCUAUUUGCGAAAAUGUGGCGCUCAUGAGGCUCAUCUCUCCCAAGCACCUGAGGCGUAGUUCAUUGGACAAACUCCAUCGCGACAAACCACAUCUCAAAUAGGUGCCCACCUACUACUCAUUCAAGACUUACAUCAGGUCAACAAUGUUGCCGCUUCAUGUGACAACCAUUAGCUACUUUACCCUCAGUCUUAUCAUGUAAAACCCUUCACUAUGGCUGUGCCGAGUGUUACUAGCGACAAUUUCCUCGCCGUUGCUCUUGUAGUCAAUCGCUCUCGCGAUGGCCCAGCAUUUGUGUUCCACUACCCCGCAAACAUUGAGCCUCAUUCCAAGUCAAGUUCUUCCACAGGUGCCGAGCUUGAGGAUAUUCUUCUUGAACGGCUGUCGCAGCAGAGCUUCUCGGAUGUUGCUGACGACGUACCUCUCCCUAAGCAGGGACGCAACGCAGACGAGCACUCUUUUACUGAAUCUGGAUCUCAGAUUGUUCCGUGGGAACGUGUUGCAGGCUUCCCUGCUCGCGAUCUUGCGGGCAUUCUAACUCCCGCCCGCCCCUAUCACAAGAAACUCUUUCAACUAUCAUUAGAUCCACUAUAUUGUGUAUCUUAUCCUAUCCAUGUUCCCGAAAAUGGCAGAUGGAAGAAGCCGAAGAAGACAUCCCGCGCUGAUAAGCGCUCUGCGUACAACGAAGAACAACCAGCGCCUCAUGAGGUCGAUCCUCCAUCUGCAGGAAAGGCGCCUGAGCAACCUGUAGAGGAAAAGGAUGGCAAGAAGGAAGACGGUAAGGACAAGGACGAUGAGAAACGCAGUUCCAUGACCAUGUUUAACCUCGUCUUCAUCCUUAACCCUAGCAGCAACGAAGUUAAGGAUGUCGUUGAAUCCAUAUACGACCACAUUAUAAAGAAGGUUAGCAAGGCCUUCAAAUACAGCCAGCAACAUAGCGAGUUUGUGUGGAAAGAGUCGAAACGAAUACUUGUCGCCAAAGAUAAGGCGCGAGAGGAGCGGAAACGAAUGAGUGUUCUUUGGAAAGAAAUACUUCAGAGCUCAUCACUGGCCGCUGCCAUGCACGAUAUAUAUGAGGCAGUGUCUCAAAACAAGAUCGCCGCUCUGCAUCUCGAUACUGCAGCUGGCUCUCUGACCCCUUCGGUUCAGAUUCCUAUUCCUUUCUACAUCGAUGACCUCCCUCAGGGCGAAGAGGGGACCCAGCGUGGCCUUUGGCUCACGACCGCGAAUACUUUCAUCAGUCAAGAUGCCCUCGAGGAGCCUGGCUUUCUUGAUCGCAACUUUGCUCUACUGCUCACUGAUGAUGAAAAGAAAAUCAUCGCCGAGCUCCAAGCUGACCCAGACCCAACUACAGCCUCAAUGGUUGAGUUUGUACGGCUGUCAAAGCCAACACAAUCAUUCUACCAAGUUGGUCAAAGCAACAUCUUGACUCUAGGUCAAGUGCGAAAAUAUGCUCAACAUUUUAUAUUCUGGCGUCGUGCCAUUGCUAUCCCUCCCCUCCACGCCAAGGAUCAAUAUAUAUUAUCCCCCAAUAGUGACCUAUCCCGUCUUCCUCUCGACACUUUAGAAUGGCAGAGAGCAUUCCCCCUAGCUCCACCGCUCCCGAAUUUUCUCGCUGAGCUCUCUCAAGCACCCCGUCCAUACAAGCAGUUUUCGCCUAGCAAAGCCCACCGCCCGACCUAUCUUCUUAUGCUUUCCUGGCUCAUGCGUCGCGGUUGGGUGACCCAACUCUGUACAUUUGCCUACGUCGUCGUCUGGCCUGAAAUCAUGUACGAGGUCGAGUACGAGAUGGAAGCUGAGGAGCUCCGUGCCGCGGCGGAUACAGAUGCGAAUAAAAGCAAAGAAAAGGAGGCCAAAGACGAUACCUCUACGUUUACCUCGGCCCCACGCACCUCCGAGUCUUCCGAAGGUCACUCCGGCACUGACGGCUCUCAUGUUCCCACCGUUGCCGAGCAGGCCGCAGAGAAAGCCCGUCUCGAGCGGAUUGCCUCCAAAGCCCAGCGCGACGCCGCUGAAAAGGCGACAGCACAUGCCCGUAAGCCUGUCCCAGUCGCAACGGCACACCCCUCUGUAAACGACCACCCGCAUCUCCAAGGCUUGACACCUCACAUCAUCCUCGAUGCCAAAAAGGCCACCGGCAAGGAAUCACGCUACCUGUCGGCCAUCGCUCGUCGUUUCAGCGACGAAAAAUUAGCAAACAGUUGGCAGGUUAUGUGCAAGUAUUUUGAUGGCCGGUGUGCCUUGGAACGCAUCGCUUUACAAGAGGAUAUGAAGCGGAAGUUGGUAUGGAACACACUAACAGCUAUGGGCGAGUAUUUGCUCUGCACCCGUCAUUGGUGACCCAGCUGGCUAAGUUUCCCGUGGCAGGCUACCAGACUUUCGUGUAUAGAUGUUGAGAUGUGGUCAUGGAUAGAAACAUUUAUAAUGAUAAGUAUCUCGCAUGUGGUAUCUAGGCAAUAAAAAGCAACGAAACAGCUGCAAAACUGCAGCACGCACAAUAAGUUAGAGCACUCCUCCAGCCCAGUAAAGGAUCUAACUUCCAUUCGCCUUGUUACCAAAACUUGGGCAAAAAGAGCACCGUGCGUAUUAGACUGCAAGAGGAAAAGUAGGAGUGGAGAGAAGUGAAGUUUCCUAAACCAGAGACAUUCGAGAUUUGACCUUGCAUCCAUUCAUUAACUGCCUCCUAGACUUAAUGCAUAAAUUGACCCAAGGUAUCGUAACAUGAAAAAAAGAAGAAAAUCAACACCAACAACCAGCCCACCUUCGAAAGGAGAAAAAUAAGAAGCAAACCCAACAAGUGUUAACACCUUCAGCACAAGGAAGUAUUUCGGACAUGCCCCUGUAAUCCUAUAUAAUGCGGUUAGGCACAAGCCUUCUGCACCCCAAAACGAAACGAAAAAAGACAACACCGAGAGAAUGCCAAAACACCGAGAGAUCACGCCCCUUGAACUGCCCUGCAUUGUAAUGCUCGGUCAAGGAGGAUAGUGACAUGCAAUGAUGGGAAUGAUGCCAGUACCACAUACCGGAAACGCCAACACCUGAAGGAAGCAAAAGAGGACACCCAGCGAAUGUAGUUCUGGUCUGCGCUCGAAGAGACAUGCUCCAAAAGACCGAAUAAGGUGGGUUAGAAAAAUGCUCACGUUACUGCGUAAGAUCCAUGUCAUAUUCAUCCUCUUCUUUGAAAUUGACUGAAGCGUGGCCACUGUUGUUGUCAUCCGGAUCAUGCCAAAAUUGGUUGGUGUCAUUCAAGUCGAGGUUGUCAUCCGGGCUGAUGGCAACAGGAUCGAGGCUGCCUCCUCCGCCUGACAAAGAGUCGCCCCGAUAAUCGGUGUGGUGAGGAACUCGCAGACCAGAUCCAGCUGUUCGCGAGUAAGAGAAAGUACCGUUCUCACUCUUUGUUAUAGCAUCCAUGAGCUCGGUCUGCAUCCGUCGCUCAUCUUCUGUCAUCUCAAAGGGGAAGUGCCCACCCAGUUCAGCGAUAGUGUUCAUCAUCUCCUCCUGCUGUUGAAGUUUAAGGUGGAGCAUCCACAUGAGAUCUCGCGUCCAACUGACGGCGCCGUUGAGAAUAUCGCCCUUGUUGGGACCCUUGUCCUUGUCCUCGAUAGGGAGACCUGUCGUAAUAUUACCUGCAGUGUUUCCAGUGGCUCUUCGAGCUCCUGGUCCGGCGAGGCCAGACGUUGCUUGAGGGCUCGCGAUUCCAGUCAAUGAUGGAGAGAGAGGUGUCCCGUUCUGGAUAAGCUUUCGGAUCUUCUCAUCCUCCAGACGGUGAGUGGGGACGAGUCGGCUAAGAUCCUGAAUCCUUUCGUUGAUGUUGUCUCGUCGACGACGUUCAACAAGGUUGUGAGACUCUCGCCGCCGUUUCCUCUUCAUUUCCUGAGAGGAAACGGCGUUUGAAGCGACACCAAGCUUCGCAGGCAUCGAAGUACCACCCUUCAUCAUAACCUCACUGAUUUGAUUCAUGCCAGGCUGCAUAGGAGAGGAGUACCCAGAAUUGUAAGAUGCGGGGAUGCUUCCAGCAGGGGUGUUGAGCCACUGGCCAUUGGCUGACUUCAUGGCUUGACCGCCGAAACCGGGAGACUCCUGCGAUCCAAUUGUCAUUCCAUGAAGGGUAGCGGUUUUGGGAGUCAUGGGUGACAUAGGGCUACGACUAUUGGAUGUCUUCCGCUGCAUCUGCUGGGACAUUCUGGCUCUGGCUUUAGCGUUGAGGAAGUUCGGGUCGUUGCUAUCGGCAUUCAUGGCACCGGCUAAUGGAGAUUCGUUGUAGGACAAGGGGGAAUGUAAAGAGGUUCCGAGUGAGUGGCCUUGCAUUUGUCGGUACUGGGUAUUGAAACCAGUAUUGAAGGGACUUUGAAUGGGAUCUCCAUCGGGGGUACUCGAGUACCCGUUCAUAUGUGACUGGUCGAUUUGCAGACCCGAGUUACGAUGAGGGAAUGCAUUCUGAGAGAAGCCGCCCAUACUUAAUCCUGAAAAGUCCUGGCCUUGACCCGAGAUUCCGGACUGGGUAACAGGAGGUGCAUUCAGACCAUCCAAAAGCUCAUCAUCAUCGAACAUAGCGGAACUGUUUGUGAAUCCGUUUGUGCCGUUUCCAGAGUUCGAGUUGAAGUUGUUGAAUGAAGGAGAAUAACCACCUGACAUGGCGAGAUCGUUGGGAUCGAUACUCGCCCCGCUGUGGCCGUUGCCAAAUUGGUUGAAGCCGUGCUGGGCCAUUAUGACGGGGAUGAUAGAGGUUAGGUUAUUGUAUCGUGGUUGAAGAGUCGGAUGUUGUUGCCCUAGCUAGAGGGGGGAUGUGGGCGGAAUAUUGUGGGCGUUCACCAGUUCGGCUAAGGUUGAUGGUACGUUUGAGUUACGAAGAUCAAGCUUGAACUGGCCUGUUAAGGGAUCGAGUCAGCAAAGUCAGGACAGCGCCGAACACAAAGCGGGGGAAAUGCAAAGUCAAGAAGACCGGCUCGGCGAUGGGAAGCGGGCAUCCAUAUAUGGGGUGCCCACCGCCGCGGAGGUUACAGCAAGGAGGGAAGUGGCGGGCGGAUGGCCGGGGGUUGAGGUUUGGAUUCCUUUGACUCACCAAACAGAGAGUGUUGCAGUUGAAUUCGGGGAAUAUAGAGUGUGCGCUAUCUGCAGUCCAUAAAUGAAUAGCGAGUGCCAGGUGAGUGAUGAUUCAAGCGCCGCAACGGAAAGUAUCCCGGAUGGAGUUGGAGCCAGAUAAGGUAUUGUGGGAAAGAUGAAUGUCGUGAGUCGGAGGGUCGGAGGGAGACGUUCGGGGUUGGAGGGGGGUUGAAAUGGUGGGCACUGAGUGCAGGACCUCCAGGCGUCCGUUCACUAUGGUCAGGGCCAGGUACCUACAAGGGGUUAAAGCGCUGGGGGCGCUCCCUGGGGGUACAGGUACUCCGCAAGCCAAAAGAGCAGAGAGUGGGUUUGGCCACUUGGGCUGGAGUACUUUGUAACGCACGGGCGAAAAGGUCCAGUUUAUCGUCUGGCACGUACAGUGCUAGCCCCAGUCCAGUGUUAUUAGUAGCAGUCUGGAGAUGCUGUCCUGUGAGAUGGUCGGGGCGGGGGGCACGGCGGUCGGAGAAGCAGUUGAGGGGUUCUUUGUCUGAGUCUGAGUCGUAAAUGAAGCUGCAGACUUGGAAGGGAUAAGGAUAAACCCAGUCGAGCUAGGCGGUGAAGAGCGUUUAUUCAGAUUCAGGGUUUUAGUGGCUGUUCUUGGAAUGGUGAGAUGACCAGUCAGCAAUGUAGUUCUGGAAUACGGAUGUCUGAGUCGCAGCUAGAGGAAGAAGGAUGAUGGAGGUCUUGGUUUUGGGCGAUGAGAGCGCGAAAUGUGAUGUGUGUGUGGCACCCGAAUCAGAAGAGGGGGGGCCACGGUUUCGGUAUGUCACUUGUACCUCGUAGCUCGGCGCACCUCAGUCGAGACGGGAUAUAGGGAGGGAAACAAGAUAUUCAGAUGAGAAAUGAAACAAAC